AUGAAGCGCACGAGAUCUUGUAUUGAAGUCGCCAGAGUUUCUUGUGUUUUCUAUUUAGGAGAGACUGUUUUCUCUCGUAAAUUAAAGAGAUUUGAUUUUGACGCUUUCAAUGAGAUGAUUAUACCGACUGGUUUGUCGAAUGGAUGUGUCUCGCAAUGUAUUGAGUCGUUGGCUAAGGAGUAUGAUGAGGUGUUGUGCAAAGCCUUGGACAAGCUGGCACCUAAAAGAACUCGCACUAUUGUCAUUCGACCAAAUGACCAUCGGUAUAACGAGGAGAUUGCCACUCAUAAGAGGAAGAGGCGAAGGCUCGAACGUGAGUGACGUUCGACUGGUCUCUAAAUUGAUGGGGUGAAUUAUUUGGAGCAGCGCGAUGUUGUAGAUGAAAUGCUUUAUAUGGCGAAAGAACAGCAUUAUUCAACAGUUAUUCAGGACAAUACCCACGAUAGCAAGUUACUUUUUCGCACAGUUGAUAAAUUACUACAAAGGAAUACAGACAAAAGAUAUCCGUCUGCGAACAGUGACCUAGAACUCGCGAAUGCCUUUGCUAAUUUCUUUAGUCCCAAGAUUGUGAGAAUUCGUGAUGAAUUGCUAGUUAGGAGAGAACAGCUGGGGGAGCUCACUAUGGAGGAUUUUGAGCGUAGAUCAUGCUUUAGUGAGUUCGCAACGGUAACAGAU